UUUUUUUUUACAAAUCGUCUUACUACAAAUAAAUACAACUCACCUAUAUAGUACCAGAUCCUCCUCAAACAGAUCUGACAAUAUUCAGCUGUAUUUCAGAGAAGAUUUAAGAAGCAGUUCAUUAGUUACAUUUAGUUUGAAGCAAGGGUCAAAUAUUUAUUUAUUUAUUUAUUUAUUUCUCAAACCGUUUGGAAACUACAACACUUAUUUUCGUUUCUUUUUUAUUCAGUAACUCGACCUGUUUGCACGAACCCAGGAGAUUUCAGAAAAGGUCUCUGAAUAGUUUGGCUUGGGUUAUAAUUCUGAAAAGCACAGGAGACACGACUGACCCAGCUAUUGUGGACAAUAUUGUAUCUGUCAAGAUUCGGAAUACAAGACUACCUGCUUCCGGAUUGUCAAGGUCUUGAGUAAAAAAAAAAAAAACACAUGGACUCCAUUUUAGCUCACCUGGAACGGUCGACUAAUCACAACGAGACAUUCUGGGGCGAAAGUCACGCUCCCUCCCCAGGGUUCCAACUCUUCCUGUGGCUCAGCCUGCCUCUGUCAAUCAUGCUUCUGCUGGUCCUGGGAAUCUUCAACAUCUUAGUCCUGCGCGCUAUCCUGAGGUCAUCGCGCCGGGUCCAUGUGACAGCCCAGGUGAUGGUUUCCAUGGGGAUAACCGACACAGCGCUGUGCCUCACCGCAGGCCCGGCUCUGGUGCUGUCAGACCUGCAGUGGUGGACCCCCUUCUACCCCUGCCUGGUGCUGACCUGCACUGUGCUGAGCUGGGCAAUAACCUCCUCUUUCCAUCAUAUCCUCAUUGCCUACUACCGCUGGUACAUAGUGGUGCACCCCACCAGGUACAGAGCCUCACUGACCCAACCCAACAUCCUCCUGCACAUCUCUCUCUGCUGGCUGGCUGGGUUUGCAAUGAGCUCCAUCCCGUAUCUGGGCUACAACAACUACACCUCCCUGCAGACUGCCUCUGCUCAGCUUACGACAAACUACACCCUGGCUAGCAGCCUCUCCCCUUCUCCCUCACCCAUGGUCUUUAACACUGGGCUCUCGCCUCACCCCUCCCCUGGGGGCUGUGCACUGUCUCCAGCAGCCUGCCGCGUCCCCUGCUUGUACCUGAAUGUGCUCUCUCUGCAGUACCUCACCUACUUCAUCUUCUUUGGCUGCAUGCUGCUGCCCAUGGUGAUCACCUCCCUGCUGUACUGCCUCAUCUUCCGAGCCUUGUGGGCGCACGGCCGGGGCCGCUGCCUGGGGAAGGGCUUCCUCCAGCGGCAGCAGCGCGUGGUCUGGAGCACUGGGCUCCUCUUUAGCCUCUACAUGCUCUCUCGCCUGCCCUUCAACGUGACCAAUGCUGUGCUGCUCUACUGCCCCGGCUGCCCACUGCCCUACUGGCUCCCCCCCAGCGCCCUCAUCUCGGCCGUGCUCAGCGCCGCCUCCAACCCGCUGCUCUACUUCCUCCGGGACCGGGAGCUGCUGGCUGCACUCAGGGAGGCCGCGGGGAGGCUGUGCUGUGGCAGGCAACGGCAGGGAAGGGUGGGGCCUAUGGGCAGGCUGCCCACUGUGGAUAAACCUGGACUCAGUCAAGAACAGGGAUUAGAGUGAGGGGGGGGGGAGGAGUGAAGAGGGUGAGGAAAGGCGAGGUGAGGAAGGGAAGGGGGUGAGGGAGGGAUCACAGGGAUCACUGUCCAAUCACAGUCCUGGAGGUAAAAUGAGAUCAUUAACUAUUUCAAGGUCUGGAUGGAAGUUUAAUUGUCACAAUUAAACAAUUUACAGCAGGGUUGGAACAAAGACCAGGAGUGCAAGCGCCAGCUUUGGCCAGCCCUGAGUUAUACAAACACGACGCAUGGCACAUGGAAGUGAGACUGAAGAUAACUAAAAUGGGUGUCACACCAGAGAACUACAAGAAACAACGUAACUCUGCUUUAUAAGGAAUGCCAGACUUAUUAUUUCGUUAUAUAUGUAUACACAUACAUUUAAUGCAUUUUGAUUAAUCUCAACACAUUUUAAAUAUAGGAAAACAAAUUCAUUUAGUUAUUAGUAUUAUUCAUUUAGUUAUGAGUAUUAUACUGCUCUUUACAUGAAGCACCUGGCAUGCAUUUCUGUGUCCAAGUGAGUAAGGAUGGAGCUGUGUACAGUACCAGCAGUGAAUUCAUCAUACUGUUUAUGCUGUACAUACAGCUAUGGCCAAACAUUUUCAUCAUCUAGAAUUUUAGGAAUGAGACAUCAUUAAAAAAAAUAAAAACUAU